AUGAAAAGACAGAUUUAUUAUCUACCAUUGGUUAAGACCAGAGAGACUAUUAGACUCGCCACUUCCCUGUAUAAACAUGCAAAUUUACUCGACUAUCUUGUACAAGAGUUGCAUGAUUAUCAGUUCCUAGCCAUAGUCACUCAUAAUGAAUUCCAAAGAUUCAAAUUGGAUCCUCUCCCAAAUGUAAUUCUUGUCAAAAAUAUUGGCAAAGCUAAAUUGAACAAUUUAAAGUUUAGACUUCUUGAAAAUCCGGAUAUUGUCCAAGACAACCUUCCUGAAAUUGUGUCAUAUUUCAAAACAGAAGCGAUAUUCGUUUGUUUUCAGAGAAUAAAGUAUAUAAUUCUAGCCGAGAAUGAUGAACAGGUCAAAGCCUUAGGUGAAAUUCAAACAAUCAUCAAGAAUGAUAUUCAAAAGUCACAGAUAGCUACAACUACAGUUCAAGAUAGUUCGUCUGAUGAGAGGGAUUGCUCUGAUGGUGAUAUUUCAUCUAAUGAGAGUGGAUCAAAUAUUCUCGUGUCAUUACCCAAAGGUCCUGAAGCUGGUGUCAAGCAGUCCAAUUGUUCUAGAUCAAAUAUUCCUGUGUCAUUACCCAAAGGCCCUGAAGCUGUUGUCAAGCAGGCCAAUGGUUUAGGAUCAAAUAUUCUUGUGCCAUUACCCAAAGGUACUGAUGCUGGUAUCAAACGGUCAAAUGUUAUUGUGUCAAAUAUUCUUGUUCCAUUACCCAAAGGUACUGAUGCUGGAGACAAACAGUCAAAUGGUUCUGAAUCAAAGAUUAUUGUGCCGUUACCCCUGGAACUUGAAAAUUCAAAAGAUCGUUUAGUGCUAGUACCUAAGGUUCCCGAAGCUGUAAAGAAAGCCGGAGUCAAUCCAUCAAAGGAUUUCCCAUGGAAUGUAUCAAUCAAGAAAGUACCUGCAUUUCCCGAUCAAACCAAGUUGUUAAAUAAUAUAACCAAACCAAAUACAACAACAACAACAACAACAACAACAAACAACAAUAACAAUAACAAUAGUAAUAAUAGUAAUAAUAAUAAUAAUAAUAAUAAUAAUAAUACUCAGGUUAAAAUAGGAUUACCAACCACAGAAUUCAAAGAGUAUGACAAGUUGGCACCUUCUUUCCAAUCAUAUACUGAACUCAAUAAUCUACAUUAUUUAGCAGUACUCAAUUACCUUUUCAUGUUCCCACAUGCAUUCUCCUACACUCCUCAUCCUGUUGGUAUCGAGUUCAUUCUAUUCCCUUACAUUUUCCAUCUUUGUAAGGUUGAGAAUAACAGGCUAAAGUUCCCAAGUGAUGAAAUUACAAUUAAGUUUAUCGAUAGUUUUAAUUGGGCAGGCCCAGAGACUAUUGCUUAUCUCAAGUUCUUUUGCUUGGCCAAAAAAGUAGAAUCGAUGAUCUCAAUGGAGUUAAGGAAUCUUCCAACACCAGGCUACAUUGAUAUACAAUAUCAAUUCUUCUCUCCAUCCAACUUUGAUGGUUUAUUGUCAAUUCAUGAUACAAGAGAUGCUCUAUAUUUAUUAAUUUAA